UGGCGCUAUAGUCGCUUUAUUUUCUUUCAAAUACGGCACUCUGGCGACAUCUAUAGAACUUCAUGUCAACAAAGACCAGGUGUUUGGAGUUCUUUGACAGGAAUCGGAGGAGCAAAUUAAGUUUAUAUCAAGAAGCGUCUUCAGACAUGAGUGCAAUAUCGCCAGGCUAUUCCCAGCCUGUCCCCCUCCAGCCGUACCAUGAUGGAGAAGAGAUGGAUGAGAGGAGACUGUGGGUGGGCAACCUUGACCCUAGGAUCACAGAGUUUACCUUGCUAAAGCUGUUGCAGAAAUAUGGGCGGUUGAAUAAAUUAGACUUUCUCUACCACAAGACAGGCCUAGACCAAGGCAAGCCUAGAGGAUACUGCUUUGUCACUUAUCAAACUAUAGAUGAGGCCAAAUUUGCAACCAAGUCAUUGAAUGGGAAGUUUGCUCUGUCCAAGAAACUGGUAGUACGGGUGGCUAAUACAGACAAAAAGGAUGAUCCAGUGAAUGAGAAGUCAGGAGUAAAGAUCACGAAGCAGUCUGAUGAUGGAGUCAGCAAAGAGACCAAGAUCCGUGCCAUAGAAGCUAAACUUAAAGUAAUGGAGCAAAACCCAGAUCUACCAUUAGAUUUUGGUGUACCUUCUUCUUCUGGCACGCAACAAAACUCUCAUAAACAGGGUUCAAAGUUGCUGCAAAACUCACAAACUAAGUCUCAUUGUGGAAAGACUAAUAGUCCCUAUGGGAGAGGGUACCCAAGAUGAUGUUGGUGUGGCACUUGGUAAAAAAACGCAUUCCAGGAUACAGCAGUUUGGACUGAUGUAUGGAAAAGUGUUGUGAUUGUACAGUUAUGAGAAAAAUUGAGUGAGUUAGAAGUGAAAUACACACCAUUAGAUUUUAAGACGGUCCAAGUUAAGCAUGUAGGAUUUUGUGUUUGAUAGUUUGUGGUGAUGUAAAUUAUUUUGGAACCAAGUUUUUUUUAAAAGCUAUGUAUAAUUCUUAUCACAAGAGCAUCUGAAUUUCAAAAUUUUUGAUCCAAAGUGAUUUUCAUCACCAAUAAACUUAACAGAAUUAGGGAUCUUGAGAAAAGGAACGAGUAGGGGAAAAAAAUUUAAUUCUGUAUGUAGUCUGCUGUCACGAAAGUUGGUGCCAAGUGUCAAGUAAUUGUCUCCAUAGAAAAAUUUAAGUUUCAUAUUUGUAUUUUAACCUUAAAUUAAAUAUGAAAAGUUGUUAAAAAUGUAACUUUUAUUGCAUAACCGUGAAUAAACUCUU